GCCCCAUCCCAGCGCAGCCUGAGGUCCGGGCCGCGGAGCCGGGACACCGAGGAGGAGCGCGUGGGAGGCCGGAGCGUGGAGCCGGCGCUGCCCGCGGCCCUGGGAGCCCCGGGAGGGGCAGCGCGGUCACCGAGGGACUCAGAGUGCCGGCCUUACCCCAGCGGCGCGCGGCGAUCCUGGGCACUCGGGACCUUUGCCCGAGCCUUGCGAUCGAAGCGCAGAGGGCAGCCCUGUGGGAGCCCAGGCCCCCGCCCUGCCCCGGCGCAGCCCCCGCCCUGUCUUCAGAAGACACCAGUCGCAGCCUCCUCCGAAUGGUAGGGCCCCCAGGCCACUUCUCAGUUCCCGCCCCCCUGAACCCCAGCCUGUGCUCUUCGGGUCUGCUGCCGGCCUCUCCUGGGCUCCCCAGGUUCCCUUCUGCACCCCGGACUGCCACUCCUUCAUCCCCAGACUGAGGCCGGAGGAACCCAGCCCAGUCUCCAAACACAGGGAGACCUCAGCUCUGCGUCCUGGGCCAGCGGCCUCGGCUGACCCGGCUUUCGCCCUGGGGUUCUCGCGGGUACGCCAGGGGCACCUCUGAACCUCCGUGGCUUCCCCAGCCUGGGCGCCUAGCUUGGCCCUUCUGAGCCCAGGGGCGACCUCGACCUGCCUGUCUGAGUUGGACAGUGUCCUCUGUCACCCAGCGUGCCCCGCGCCCCUCCGCCCCUUCCCGUCCCUGCACCCCGGGGCCCCUCCGCGCUGCUCCUGGAGCUGGAGCCCGAGCGCGUCCCUCGCUGGGAUGAUGAUGAUGUGGUCCAACUUCUUCAUGCAAGAGGAGGACCGGCGGCGGGCGGCCCGGGGCCGGAGGCGCGUGCAGAGCCAGCAGAAGCGCGGCCUGAGCCCCGAGCUCGAGGGCAAGACCAAGCUGGCGCUGCUGCUGGCCGCUGUGGGAGCCACGCUGUCUGUGCUCUCCGUGGGCACCGAGUUCUGGGUGGAGCUCAACACCUACAAGGCCAACGGCAGCGCUGUGUGCGAGGCCGCGCACCUGGGGCUGUGGAAGGUGUGCACCAAGCGGCUGUGGCAGGCGGACCUGCCCGAGGACAGGGACACCUGCGGCCCCGCCGAGCUGCCCGGAGAAGCCAACUGCACCUACUUUAAAUUCUUCACCACGGGGGAGAACGCACGCAUCUUCCAGAGAACCACGAAGAAAGAGGUGAACAUAGCAGCUGCAGUGAUAGCAGUGCUGAGCCUGGUGCUCAUGGCCUUGGGCUGCCUCUGUAUCAUCAUGGUGCUCAGUAAAGGUGCAGAGUUCUUGCUCCGAGUGGGAGCUGUCUGCUUCGGCCUCUCAGGCCUGAUGCUCCUGCUGGGUGUCGAGGUGUUCCGGCAUUCCGUGUGGGCCCUGCUCGGGGACAAGGACGGGGACCUGGACCCCGAGCCGGCCCGGGGCCCGCGCCUGGCCUUCGAGUUCUCCUGGUCCCUGGGCUGCGGCCUGGCUGCCGGCCUCAUCCUGCUGCUGGCGGGCGGCUGCUUCCUGCUGCUCAGCCUGCCCUCCCGGCCCUGGGAGUCCCUCUGCCCCAAGCGGACGCACACGGCCGCCUAGGGCCACGUGGCACAGCGUCUGCCCGAGGCCAUCAACGGGAUCCCGGAAACCGAGUUCUCUCCGCGUGGCAGAUGCCACGAGGCACUCACGGCCGCCUGUCCUUCACGCCUUCUGCGUGUUCUCCUUAAUGGCUGAAUUUGGGGCGUCAGGGGAGGGGCUUUCUGCCCAUGCAGGUUCCCUGGGAGGCUGGCAGGGACCCGACAGAGCCCAGGGUGCGGGUGGGGUCUCGGGGGACUGGGCCCUUCACUGCCCGAGUCCGGAUUGAUUUGCUCUGGGGAGACUCCUGGGACAGUCUACAACGUGGGGUGGACAGGGGGCCGGGCAGAGGGGUCCGACCUGACUGUGACAGCGUUGGGGAUUAAAGGUUUGGAACCCGA